UUACAAAUUGUUAAACCCGUUUUAUUGCAUCCUCCGAUCUGACUGCUGUGCUCUUUAGUCUUUAUUUUGUCUCACUAAAAUCCUAGCUAAAACUUAAAUAAAAACAACAGUGGCAAUAGCCAAUACUCUCAACUCCAGCUUGUUUCUGUAACUUACUGCUGGUGAUUGGAAAAAAUGGCGGAGGAUGAAGUUGCGUUCCGUUCGAUGGUGCGGGCAUCGGGUCUUGGUGAGGUUUGGCAGCACACUUCAGAUGAUACCAAGUUUAAACAAUACGGAUGGAGAACCACAACUAAAGAAGACUGUUACUCCCCGCAAACCCUAGUGGGUAACUGGAACGAAGAGAGGUUCGAUAUUGAACGAGUUCGAGUACCAAAAAGGUUACCAUCCCAGUUUGAACACUACUUUGAAACAACACAUAUGGACUCUUAUAAAACAGAGAGGAAAGAAGUUCCCAAGACCCUAGUCCAUUUAGCAGCCCGAGAAGCAAGAGCAUUUCCAGCUUCCCAACCUGAGCUGGACCCAACAAAGACCAAGCAAGAAUAUAAUUCAUUCCAGACUACAUCACGAGCAGCAUUUGUAGACCCUCGAUUAAGAACAACGCCUUUGGCUACAACAGAAUAAUUGAACAUUUUACCCCCUCCCCCUUCAUGGUAAAUCAUGAACUUUUCUUUGUGCAGAUCUACAUUUUCAUUGUCCCCAUUGGUUUUUACACAAAAAAAUUAAACAGAAGGCAUAGUAAAGUCUAUCAAAUUAUCUAUACCCAAACAAUGCACGAGAACAGCUUAUAAACAGCUUAUUGAAAUAAAAUAAAAAUGUAUGCAUGUCUUUGCUGACAUCUUUGAAAAGAACUUUCUGUUCAGUAUUAGGAGUACUAGCCAGCAAUGAUGUCUUGAGAGAUAACCCAAGUUGAAGUCAACAAAAUAAGAAACAUUGUUUCAACAAUUCCUAAAAGAAACAAAUCCGAAAUCUGUGAUUCCAAACAAUUCCUGCAUGUCAGGAAGAGCACUGAUUUGGUUGUUUACCCGCUGCACAUGGUAUCCUCUUCUUUAAUCCUGAUUUUGUUGAAUAAAUGUACAAUACAUAUUGUUAUUAGAAUGAUGAAGUAAACCUAAACGUCGCAGCUCCCAUCCCAGCUCUAACCCUAAGUCCUGGUGUGUGUCAAUGUUUAUACAAAAUCAACACUCCUAAUAAAUUACUUUCAAGUAAAUGUAACUUUGAAAUUUUACCACAAAAGUGAAUUAUUGGGAGCUCGCAAGGAAAAACUUGAGGAUUGACUAAAGUCAGGACAAGAAGAGUGCAAGAAGUUGGACAGUGACCCAAUAUUGAAAGUUUCCUUAAAGGCAGUGGACACUAUUGGUAAUUGUCAAAGACUAGUCUUCACAGUGAAUGUAUCUCAACA